AUGGAAGAGAAGGUUCAUUUAGAUCUGGAGGAUUUCUCCUCAGAGCCGUUUGUGGAGAGUUUCAUUAAAGAAAUACAGAAUCAAGAGGCUGUUUUUCUCAUCGGGAUAUUAGUGGCUUUGGCGGUUGUGAUACUUACUAUCGUGUUGUUUGGUCAUCUCUGGGGCUCCAGUAAAGUGAGGAAUGUCGUGCUGUUGUUGGGACUCUGUGACUCCGGGAAAACUCUGCUCUUCACUCGGUUAUUAUUAGGGAAGUUUGUAAAAACACAGACGUCCAUCACAGACAACAGCGCAACAUACAAAAGCAAGAGUGACGGAGGCAGCAGCUGGACACUUAUUGAUGUUCCCGGUCAUGAAAGUUUAAAGGUUCAGAUUGUGGAGAAAUACAAGACUGUGACACGAGCUGUUGUGUUUGUGGUGGACAGCAGCAUCUUUCAAAAGGAGGUCAGAGAUGUGGCCGAGUUCCUCUAUUUCAUCCUCACAGACGCUCUUCUGGCCAAAAAUAAUCCCACACUUCUGAUCGCCUGCAACAAACAAGAUAUCACGAUGGCAAAAUCAGCUAAAUUAAUUCAGCAGCAGUUGGAGAAGGAACUGAACACUCUGCGUCUGACGCGCUCCGCUGCGCUCUCCGCUCAGGACGGGGCCGUCACAGGAUCCGUGUAUCUGGGGAAGAAGGGCAAAGACUUUGACUUCUCUCAGUUGCCCAAUCGUGUGGAGUUUAUUGAGUGCAGCGCUCGAGGAUGCAAAGCUGAAGAUGGAGAUAUUGAUGCUCUGGAGAAAUGUCUAGCCAAACUCUGAGG